CAAAUAAAAUUGCUUUCCUUAGUAAAUGAUGGUGAUAAUGGAGUUUUUGUUAUGUUUGUCGAGUUAUACUGUUGAAUAUGUGUUUUGUUUGUGAAAAUUUUUUGUACCAUUAUGAGUAAUCAAAAUAAUGAUUCACCAACAAAAGAAUUUUACAAUGGACGUUACAUCUUUGUUACCGGAGGCACUGGGUUCAUAGAAAUACUAUCCCCCGGACUUCGAUCCGUCGAAGAUCCCUCGUAUGAAAUUGCCCAGAAAUAGACAGUACACGGUACGUUUGAUGGCUCCUUUCAAUAUGAGGUGUCAAACUUGUGGAGAGUACAUUUACAAAGGUAAAAAGUUCAAUGCCCGGAAAGAAGAUGUUGAGGGAGAAGAUUAUCUUGGAAUAAGAAUCUACCGAUUUUAUAUCAAGUGUACUAGAUGUCUACAAGAAAUAUCUUUCAAAACUGACCCAAAGAAUACUGAUUAUGAGAUUGAAGCAGGAGCUACGAGAAACUUCAUGGCUUUGAAAUUGGCUGAGGAGCAAGCGCAAAGAGAAGAAGACGAAAAGAAGGAAGAAGAGGCCAACAAUCCUAUGAAGUUAUUAGAGAAUCGAACUCAGCAAUCCAAACAAGAGCUUGAACUUCUGGAGUCCCUGGAGGAGCUGAAAGAUCUGAACAGGAGACAACAAAGCAUUAACUUUGAUGCUAUGCUUUCACAGUUCGACACUCGCGAAGCAAAGGAGAAAAUAUUGAAAAUGCAAGAGGAAGAUGAUGAACGAUUUAUAAAAUCUGUAUUCGGUAAAGAGAAGAAAAUGGUAAAAGAAGUAAUAAUCGAAGACGUUGAGGAUGAGAAAUCAGCGGACAAAUCAUCUGACUGUGAUCCACCUCCUGCUAAAUCAAUGAAAUUAUCAUCAUCAACAUCGUCUUUUACUCUAUGCAGUUCAUCAACGACCACAUCUGACCCAUCUACAAUCUCCAAUUCAACAUCAGAUCCCUUACCGAAGGCAAGCAGCCUUCUCACCACGAAGCCGGUAGCAUUGAAGCCAGCUGACGAUGAUUCAUGGUCGAAAAGUGUUGGUUUGAUGUCACGUAAGCCAGGCGCUUUGAGUGGCCUUGUCAAAAUCAAAUCGCAGGCGACCGUCUCCAAAGAAGUGCCUUCUGAGUCCUCAUCGGUUGCCCGACCUGUUUCUAGUAGUUUAUCAAUGCUGAGCAACUACACGGAUAGUGAUGAUACUGGAUCAGACUGAAGCAUGAGACAUCUAUGUUGUUGAGAUGUUGACAUCACGUGGUCUUUGAGGUCAAAAGAUGCUUUGAAUGGUCCCAUUGUAUGCUGUCAUGGGUAUGAAGAACAAAGCGAUUCACACAAAAUAUUCAUGACUGGAUGAAUGUCUUAGACAAUUGUUGUAUUAAUUAUCAUAAUUUGGAAAAAAACUCUUCCAAUACAUAUAAUUAAAUUAAAUUUAGUUUCAA